AUGGUGCUCUUCAGAGUAUCAAGACCUGUCUUACCCUUGACAUCUCGGGUGGGCACAUUAAACCUUUCUCCCAGAGGGUCUGCCGUGGCACCGCGUGUUUUCCAUAUCUCUGCUCCACGUCUCACUUCCCCACCUCCAUCAUCUCCGAGUGAUGGUAGCAGCACCUCUUUACCACCAGAUGCCACACUUUCGCAAAGACUGAAGUAUCUUAUGAAGUCUUAUGGAUGGUAUGCAGCUGGGGUAUAUCUCGUUCUGUCCACCCUUGAUUUUACCGUUGCGUUCAUCGGUGUCAACCUUCUCGGCGCUGAACAAGUCUCGCAAGCGGCAGCCUAUAUCAAAGAGACCGUGCUCGGAGUCUUGCGUACGCAAUCACCAGAAGUGAGCGGAGAAGAAACGGAACGUGUAUCGGGAGGGGGCCAUGAGGGUCUGUACGCCAUGUUGGUUUUGGCCUACACCAUCCACAAAACCUUGUUCCUGCCCGUUAGAAUCGGGCUGACCGCCGCCUUGACUCCACGGCUAGUUGGUUGGCUUCGUGCCAGAGGGUGGGCGGGCGGCGAGGGAACGAGGCGGGCGGCACAAGAAAUGAGAGAGAGAUUACGCGGCAGAAGAAAUGACGACUAA